AUGUUAAAGAGUCUUAAAUUCACUAAGAGAGACAGUAGUGGAUCGAAAGGAAGAAUAUCUUCCUCAGAUAUCUCCUCACCAACGCCGGCAGGGAACAGCAUUGGUGGAAUCGGUGGUGGUGGUAAAUUUGGUAAAAUUGGAAUAUCAAGAAACGCAUCAGGAGCAUCAUCACAAUCUAUGUCAUCAGUAAGGAAGAAUUCAAGAAGUGUACCAUCACCAGAGAAAUGGAUAAGGGCAAUUGGAAGCUAUCGGUCUCAAACUCCUCAAGAAGUUUCAUUUACAGAAGGCGAAGUUUUCUUUGUUCUUGAAGAAGAGAAAGAGUGGUAUCAGGCGUUAAAUCCAUCUACGAAGAAGCAGGGAUUAGUACCAAGAGGAUAUUUUGAACUUGCAGAUAGAAAUAAAUCGAUUUCGCGGCAUGCGAGCGUACUGAGUCAACAGAGUGAUAUAUCUAAGAUGGGGACACUUUAUGCAAUUGUACUUUAUGAUUUCCAAGCCGAAAAAGGUGAUGAAUUGACUUCAUACGCAGGCGAAAAUCUUUUUAUUUGUGCACAUCAUAAUUUCGAAUGGUUUAUUGCAAAGCCAAUUGGUAGAUUAGGUGGUCCUGGAUUAGUACCUGUAGGAUUUGUUAGUAUUAUUGAUAUUACCACUGGUUAUGCAACUGGAAAUGAUGUUAAGGAGGAUAUAAAUUAUGUCAAUUUGCCCACUGUACAAGAAUGGAAGAGCAAUAUUGCAAGGUAUAAGGCUAGUAAUAUUAGUUUAGGAUCAGUGGAACAUGCUCAACCUUCAUCGGUACCGGCUGUACAGCAACCGGUUGGACAGCAGCAGCAGCAGCAGCAGCAGCAGCAGCAGCAACAACAACAACAAAAGUACAAGAGUUUUGGGAUGGAUCUUGAUGUUGUAACUAAAGCUGCUGUGGAAUCAUUUGGAAUGGAAGAUGAGAAAUACUGGUUUGAAGUCACUUGUGAUCUAUCAAGUGGUAAAGGUCGUAGAUUAAAAAGAUGCUAUCAAGAUUUUUAUGACUUGCAAGUAAGACUAUUAGAUUCGUUUCCAGCGGAAUCGGGUAAAUUAAGGGACCCUAGUGGGCAAUGGACAAGACGAAUCAUGCCCUACAUUCCUGGGCCUGUUCCUUAUGUGACUGAUACUAUAACAAAGAAAAGGAAAGAAGAUUUGAACAUUUAUGUUGGUGAUCUAAUCAUGUUACCUGAUUACAUUUCCAGAUCAGAGAUGGUACUUUUACUAUUCCAAAUUAGAGACAAUGGAUAUGAUCGUGAGUUCCCAUUGGGGAUGGGUGAAACUUUUGCCAACGGUAGCAAUGUUAAUAGAGGGGAAGAUACUGUAUUGACAAAUGCAACGAACACCUUGGGCAUACCCAGGGAAGAUAAUACGUUGACAGGUGAAGAUUUACAACUCUAUGAAAAAUUAUCAGAAUUAUCAUUAACCAAUUCUAAAGCACAAUCAAGGCCACCAAGUCAAUUACCACCGCCUAUAAAGCCAAUAAAGAUAAAAUUUUACUAUAAGGAUGAUAUCUUCGCAUUAAUGCUCAACACAAAUAUCACGUAUGCUGAACUUUGUAGUAAGAUUUCUCCUCGUGUUGAUACUGAAAACUUUAAAUUGUUUGUAAAAUUAACAGGUGAUGAUGACACUGAAGAGAUUAAGAGUGAUGAACAAAUAGCUCAAGUGAUUCAGGCAAAAUUGAAAAUUUCUGUCUACGACGCUUGA